AUGCUAGUCAACCAUAAAAUCAUUUUAUUACUGAGCUUCCUCACUGCAUCUGUUUUUGCAUGUACUCCCAAUAAUUUUAAUGGAAAUUAUAUCGCAAUAAGUUUAACUGGAACGAGCACUAAGGAUUGGCGAGCGAAUCUAGGAGGCGGCCUUGCUAAUGCAGGCGUACAGCUUAUCAUUUAUAAUAGCGGCGAUCAGCCAGAUAAUAACGAAAUUUUCACGAUAGCACAGCCGACACCUGGGAAUUUUGAGAUUUUCGCGUAUAUUGAUUUCAAUCAAAAGUUUGUUAUUGGGCAAACACAAAAUUCAAAUACUUUCACACUUCAAAAUAGAACUGAUUCGAAUGCUCAACAAUUCACUUUUGACUGUGGUACCUGUAAUAUCAAAACAAAUUCGCAGAACUGGACAUUAUACCACACUUCAUGUAGCAUAAAGAAUGUUGACAAUGGUUUGUGUAUGGAUGCUGCCGACUAUUAUUCUUCCGCUAGCAUUAAUCAGACUUAUUGUACAGCUGCGAGUAAAUGGGAUCUUUGGGGAAUAUCACCUAAAAAUGUUAAUGUUAAUUCAAGCUCAAAUCCAAAUAUUACUGUUACAACAUCACCAACUAUUACCGUGACGACAUCUCCUAAUAGCGCGUCUGAAGUGGGACAGUCUUCUGGCGUUCAGCUCUCAAUAGGUGGACUUGUAGGCAUAAUUGUUGGAUCAUGCGCGGGUACGGCGAUUAUUGCUAUUUUGGGAGUGUUGUUUUUCCGUCACCGUCAGUCUAACGUAGGCAAAACCGAUCGAGUCAAUCUUCAAAUUGUCGAAUAA